AUGUCCUCAAGUGAAAAGGAUUCCAAAGAUGAUAUCAGGUCGCAAUUGUCCGAUAUGCAAAAACGAUUGUUUAGCAAGAAAUCAUCAAACAACGCGUUGAAAGAAUCCACUAGCUCUAAUCUGCUGCAAUUGCCUCAGGAAAGCCCCUUGUCUCCGCAUAAUCACGAUCAAGAAAACUUAUUUGCCUCAUCACUACAACAGUCACGACGUCCCAGACACGAAGUGGGUUUACCGGGUGUCAAGCGACCAAAAAGGGGAGAGAACUUACAUCCUUCCUUGCCCGUUGGAGUAGAAUCAAAAGGUAACGACAUGAAUUUUGUGGUUGGCUUAAGUGAAAACCUUUUAACCGAAUGUAGAAGGUUGAAUGCAGACAAUACCAGGUUAAAGCUGAAGUUGAAACAAGCGAUGCAAGACGUGGAAACGUUGAAGGAGGAAUCUCAUAAAUUGAGCGCCUCAAAUGAGGUGUUUUCAUCCAAUGAGAGUGAACUAAAGGAUAGCAACUGGCAAUUGGAGACACAAGUUGGCUCUUUGAAGGAUGACUUGCAAGCACUUGAAAAAAGCAAUGACAAGUUGAAGGUACUACAAGAGGAUUUGAAUACUAAGAUAAACCAAUUGACAAAGAAUAAUGAUGAAUUGGAUAUCACAAACAGUUUGCUACUGAAGAAACUAAAGGAUAUAGAAACAAAAUAUGAGAAAGAUAUCAGAGAGUUGAGUCAACGUGUCGAGAGCCUCAACGAUGAAAAUGAUAUCUUACAAUCCAAGAUUGCUACUGGUGGCUCAGAACCGCUGACGCGUCAGGUAGAAGCUCUGAACGUUGUUAACGGCGUGUGUGUUACUGAACUAGAAUCUAUCUUGAAAGACUUUGAGCAAGCCCAAGACCAGUCCCCAGGUUCCGCAGAUGGGCAUGCAGAGACUGUCAUAGAGAAGUUGAAAACCUUUCUAAGUGAUGUACGAUUGCACAGGGCGGACAGCCAGUCCACUGAACAGGGUCAGAAUAUCGCGUCACGGUCAGCAGAAAAGGAUGUGAAGCUAUCUGUAGACGAUAUGCUCAAAUCCAUUCAAAGCUUGCCCCAAACUGCUGAAAAUGAUUCGAGAAUCAGGUCCUUAGUAGAACAAAGGGGUAUGAAAAUAGUGCCAGCCGAAGACUACUGCAAACUUAUCAACCAAGUGGAAUCCGCCCAUUCACAACAAGAAAAGAGAGACGCUCUCUUGGAAUUACAAUUAGAGGAGCUCAAACAAAAAGCUCAACUUUAUGACCUGCCUGAUAUAAAGUACAUAACCGAUCAUGCCAAAUCACUAGGUUACGUUGUUGUUGAUGGUAAGACUUAUGAGGAAUUGAGCGAUCAUGCUAACUCUCCCAGUCUCGAUCAUAUACUUGAAAAGGCAAAGAAAUAUGACAGGGCUGUGAUUCCAACACAAGAGUUGCAAAACCUUCUUGACCCAGAUGAAGAUCAGAUUAGGAACAAGGCAAAGGAGUUGAAUUUGAAAGUUUUAUCCCAAUCCGAGGUUGAUUCUUUGACGUCUCCGCCAUUAUCUACAAUAAAGGAUCGAGCAACAACAUAUGAUCACGUCGUUGUUCCGUCUGAAGAAUACAACACUAUCCAAAAGCAAAUCAAGAGUCCCACGUUGGAAUAUUUGAAAAAACAUUUAUCUUCACAUGAGCAUACUUCUAUCAGUAAAGAGGAGCUCCAUAAUUUGCACGAAAGUGCUAACAAUCCAAGCAUUGGCCAAGUAAAACAACAUGCGGAUAAAAAGGGGUUGAUAACAAUGACCAAAGACGAGCAUGAGGAACUAUCUCUACUUGUUCAUGAACCUAGUAAUGACCGAUUAGAACUGCUAGCUCAAGCAAGGGGCUAUAGUCUUAUUGAAAAGCAAAGUUUGGAAAAGUUGAAAAAGUUGUCAUCAGACCCACCCAUCGCACACAUACACGAUCUUGCCGCGAAGAACAAUUUGACUGUUCUUUCAACAGUCGACCACAACGAAUUAGAGCGUUUGUCCCGCCAGCCCGACUUGGCCCACAUUGAGCAAGUUGCGUCCAAGAUUAACUACACAGUGCUUGCAAACGACGAGCUCAGCGAUUUGAAGAGCAAGGCUGAAGAGCCAACCAUAGAUCAACUUACAGCUGCAGCACUGAAGAGAAACUACAAAGUGAUGUCAAAUGAUGACUACAAGUCUGUUCUUGAAAGAGCUGAUAAUCCCGACUUGGCCCACAUUAAGCAAGUUGCAAGUAAACAUAAUCACGUGCUUCUUGGCAAAUCUGAAUUCGAAAACGUAAAGAGGCAAGCAAAUGAGCCUACUCUCGAGGAAAUUAAAUCGAAAGCCGCUAGUGUGGGAUUGGUUACUGUGACAGAAAAAACGUACGAGAAAAUGAAUCAUCCAGCAAAAGAGGAUAUACAAGCCCACUGUGAUAGAAUGAGCCUCCACCUUUGCCUGCAAUCCGAAUUCAAAGAACUCUGCGAAAGACUCGAAGCUCCCAAGUUAGAAUAUCUCAAGAGCAAGGCUGAACAGUGUAAGUAUUCAUUAAUUGAGGAUGAAGAACUUGCUACUUUGAAAAAAACAGCAAAUAAUCCUAAUUUGGCAUUUUUGAAAGAAAAGGCAGAUGGAAUGAAUUAUGCUAUUAUAUCUAAAGACGAUCUUGAGGCUAUGGGCAGAAAAGUAUCCAAUCCAAAUAUCAAUGAAUUACAGACUCUGGCUAAGAGUAUAGGUUGCGUUGUCCUUGAUGAGAAAGAAUAUGAGGGCUUAUUAAAUCCUUCGAAGGAGAAACUUGAAAAGACCGUCAGCGCUCUCGGCUUUUUGUUAGUUACUUCUGACGAAUUUGAGAAAUUGACGCUGCUUGCGAAAAAACCCUCAAAGGAGUUUUUGAUCACAAAGGCAUCGGACAUGAAUUUAGUGGUUGUACCAGAGAAAGAGUAUAGUGAGUUGUGCGGUAAAGCUAAUAAUCCAUCGAAAGAACACUUGGCUCAGAAAGCAAAAGAUAUUGGUUUCGUUGCUAUUCCUGAGCAGGACCAUGAAACUUCGCGUUCGCAGUUAGCUAAUCCUACCAUUGACUUUUUGAGAGAAAAGGCAAAAUUGUACGAUCAAGAUUUGAUCUCACAUUCGGCCUUGGAAGAAUUACAAGUUGUUGUAAGUCGUCCAUCAUUGGAGCAUCUAAGGGAAAAGGCUCAAUUCUAUAAUGCGACGAUUGUGGAUUCACAGGAAUACGAAACAUUGAGAGAUUCUGAAGCCUCUCCUAGUGCAGAGCAGAUUAGAGACAAAGCAUUAAAGAAUGGGUACGAUAUAGUUCAGCAAGAAGAACUCGCAGAGUUAAGAAGGAUAAGGGAUGAUCCGAAUGCUGAUGAUGUGAGUAGAAUGGCUGCAAGUUUGGAUCUUGUCGUCUUGUCAGAGUCAGAACGUAAUGUGCUUUCUCAACGCAUUGAGUCGCCUAGUGUGGAUUAUUUAAGCGAGCAUGCCCUUAAAUUGAACUACACAAUGGUCAAAUCACAGACUUACGAAGACUUGAAGGCAUUCGUUGAAAGCCCAUCGAAAGAGUUCAUAACAGAAAAAGCACACUCUGUUGGUUUGGCGGCAGUGCCAGAGGAGGAGUAUUUGGUGCUAUGUCACAGAGCAAACGACCCCGAUUUGGAUGAGUUGAUGGCACAAGCCAAGACCAAGAAGAUGACCUUGAUCAACAUUAAUGAACUUGAAAAGUUGCACUCUCAACUUUCAGGACCUAGCUUAGAAUAUUUGUCCGAACAUGCAGCAAAGACGGGUAAUGUGGUAGUUUCCGAAAACGAGUUGGCUACUCUCAAAGAGCAAGUAGAGUCACCCACAAGCGACUAUUUGAAGGAGCAAUGUGGCAAGCACAAGUUGGCAGUUCUUCUGGAAACAGAGUUGGGAACGUUGAGAUCUACAGUUGACUCGCCAUCCGUGGACUUUUUAGUUGAGAAGGCAGAGGCUACGGGCUUCAAAGUCGUCAAAAACACCGACCACGAGGAUAUUGUCAGGCGUCUUGAAAAUCCCGAUGUAGACUACUUGAGGUCCCAUGCUGCCAAAAAAGACAUGCAAUUGAUUGGAUCCGCGGACCUAGCCGCUUUGAACUCGCGACUUGAAAACCCUACAUCAGAGUACUUGUCCGAACAUGCAGCAAAGACGGGUAAUGUGGUAGUUUCCGAAAACGAGUUGGCUACUCUCAAAGAGCAAGUAGAGUCACCCACAAGCGACUAUUUGAAGGAGCAAUGUGGCAAGCACAAGUUGGCAGUUCUUCUGGAAACAGAGUUGGGAACGUUGAGAUCUACAGUUGACUCGCCAUCCGUGGACUUUUUAGUUGAGAAGGCAGAGGCUAAGGGCUUCAAAGUUAUCAAAAACGAGGAUUAUUCAAAGUUUACUGGACUUGUUGAAAGCCCAGAUCUAGAGUUUUUGAAGACACACGCAGCGAGAUAUAACAUGGAGCUCAUUCCACAUGCAGACUACAAAGCUUUGCUCAAACCUGACAAAGCCUCAAUAGUAACCCAUGCAUCUGCUUUGGGAUUGGCAGUGAUUUCUCAACCUGAUCUUGACAAUAUGAGAAAGAAGAUAGAUUCACCUGAUCUUGAAUACUUGAAAUCCAAAUCAAAAGGACUUAAUCAUGAAGUGAUGAGCAGUGCUGACUUGUCCUCUUUACAAAACUCACUUCAAAAUCCAAGUCAGGGAUAUCUCGAAGAAAAGGUAGAAUCCAUGGGUUAUGUACUUGUUGAGAAGCAUGAACUUGAUCACUUGCGUCUAGCCGCUGAUGCAAAGGAACUGAAAGACUUUACGUCGACAGCUUUGGAAGCCCAUAGGAGUGGAUCAAAUGAGUCAAAGACUAAUGACCCAAGCCAUAGUGACAAUCUUGAAGACAGAGAAUUGAAGAACUUAUCGAGUGAUCUGCUCAGCAUUGAUGACAAUGGAUCUGCAAUGAAAAAAUUGAAGACUUAUUUACGUGAACGCGGAAUGUCAAUUGUUCCCACGACCACCACUAGAUCAAGUUUCAGUUCUACUAAUACCAAUGACUUUGAUGAUGCAAACAAUUCAUUUGGGGCUUCCACAAUUCAGCGCGCCCCUAACAGCGAGGAGGUUGAGUCAAAGAAAGAUGACCAUGAACUCAUCAAAACCAUUAGUGAAAAUACCCUCGCCGCUGCUGCCAACCAGUACUCGCUUUCACUUGUGCCUGACUCUGAAUUGAUUUCCUUGAAAAAGGAUCGAUUGAGUAAAGAAAGACUAGAGAACAGAAUUUCCAGGUUGGCAAUCGAGUUAAAGGAGUUGAACUUUGAUUUGGUCGAAAGAAGGGAUGUCAUAAGAGGCCUUGAGAGUGAAAUACUUCAAAUUGAGUGGUCCGUAUCAAAGGAACAUGUAAGGUCUUGUGCAAGCAGUCUUGGUCUUUUGUGCAUUAGUGCAAAUUACUAUGUUGGUACCACCACACAUCCUCGCCCGGAUGCUGAUCACGUGAAGGUUGUUCCUGCAAGUUAUUUCACCCAGCUUUUGAAAUACAAAUCGACCUCUGUGGAGAGAAUUUCGGACGAGAUGUUUGAUCAAUAUGCAAAGAAACGAGGUUAUGUCAUAAAGGGGUCUGAAAAAUUGAAUGUGAUGCCAGCUGAAACGGAUGAUGACUCUAGUGUGAAGGCUUGGCCCACAAGCCAUUCUUUGUCACCUGGUGACAGUCAUGAUGGAGCGGAUACACCACCAAUGGUACAUUUGGAAAGGCAUGUUCCACAUUCGGUUUCGAUGAGAUCAAACCUCUCGGAGUUUAGUACGACAUCGCUUAGAUCAAAUACUAUGUUCUCCAUGGCAACUAAUGUAUCCUUCACUGAUAAGCUGAUGAUUCCAGCAAUCACGCAAGUUGUCAUUGGAGAGUACCUUUUCAAAUAUUAUAGGGGUUUCGGUUCGGCCUUUAGCGCCUUUACAGGAACAAGACAUGAGAGAUAUUUUUGGGUUCAUCCUUAUUCAUUAACCUUAUACUGGUCUGAGAGUAAUCCUGUUUUGUCGGAUCCGGGAUCAAGAAAGAUCAGAGCUGCUGCCAUUGUGGAUGUUGAUAGUGUUAAUGAUAACAAUCCCCUCCCUACUGGCUUAUACCAUAAAAGCAUUAUCGUGCGUUCCACUGAUAGAGCGAUCAAGAUCACCUGUGCAACAAGGCAGCGUCACAACAUAUGGUAUAAUGCUUUGCGUUACUUGAUACACCGUAACGUUGACGACUUGAGUGUUGAUGCGGAGGGGGCUGUUGAUGAGGAGAACAUCGAGGCAUCUUCUUUACUGCAGACGAUGGAGAUGCGAAACUCCGCUUCUCAUAGGAAUCUAGAAUCGUUGAAGGACACAGGUGAUAGGCGAGCAUUUCCAAGGCCGAAACGGAUCAGCUCUCAAGAGGUGGUGCCAUCACCAAGAAGUCCGGGAGUUUCGAGACUCCUGUCAUUCAAACGAUCGUAA